GCACCGAAUGUUUUUUACUCAAGGGAGCUCAUCUCUAGUGCCCAGCAACCCUGCUGUAACCCGCCGGCCAUUGCCAUGGCGGCCAAGUUUCCCACUCUGACGCUCUGCCCUUCUUACCCUAACUCUAAUCAUACACCACUGUUUCACACUCCUUAUUUUUUCUGCACAAAGCGGCCUCCUGCACUCGGAAUCCCUGCCAAACCAACUCCAUGCACAGCGCCUCGAUGCGCCAAGCGAACCGGGAAGCAAAGGUAUCCUUCCGAGAAGAAGAAGCUCGAGAGGAUGAAUAAAACUCGAACCCUAACAGAAAUCAAGAUCAAGGAAGAAGGCUUCUGGAGAUUCUCCAAGCUUGCCAUACCCGUCCACAAGGAUCCCGGAAAGGACUUCUUCGGCGUCUCUCUUCCUCUUCUUGAAUCAAUCUCCAAGAUCCUCGAGUUCCCGGUGGCCGCAAUGCUGCCAAUGGAAGCUUUCACAGUUGUUCGGAAGUCCUUUGAUGCAAGGAAGUUGUUGAAGGAGCCUCAGUUUGUUUAUACCGUGGACAUGGAUGUAAAGAAACUUCUGAAUCUGGAGCCUCGAACAUGGGAUUUUAUUUCACGGUUGGAGCCAAAACUUGGAUCUAUAGAAUACAUGCCAUCCAGCAAAGUUGUUACUGAUUUGACCAGCAUUUUACAUAAUUUGGUAAACAACAAACAUGAUUCUAAACAGAAGGAAGUGGACAUUCAAAUUAAGUCUUUUCACCGCUCCUUAAUCUCUAAAUUGCUAAAAGUUGCUGUUGUGGGAAGUGGACCAUCCGGCUUAUUCACUUCCCUUGUUCUUAGUGAGCUUGGAGCAGAUGUCACUUUGAUAGAAAGGGGUCAAACUGUUGAACAGAGAGGGCGUGAUAUUGGUGCCUUGGUAGUUAGAAGAACUCUGCAACCUGAAAGCAACUUCUGCUUUGGCGAGGGUGGUGCAGGUACAUGGAGUGAUGGAAAGCUGGUUACCAGAAUAGGGAGGAACAGUGAUAGCGUUCAGGCUGUCAUGAAGACCCUGGUUCAGUUUGGAGCACCACCAGAGAUUCUUCUUGAUGGAAAGCCUCAUCUUGGAACAGACCGCUUGAUCGGAAUUCUUAAGAACAUCCGACAGCAUUUAGUUCGACUGGGCGUUGAUAUAAAGUUUGGAACAAGGCUAGAUGAUUUUAUUGUGGAAAACAAACAGAUUAUUGGAAUCAAAGUCUCUGAUGCAAGAGAUGAAUCCAGAUCUAAUAACCAGAGUUUAUUAUACGACGCAGUUGUUUUAGCUGUCGGGCAUUCAGCUCGUGAUGUAUAUCAAAUGCUUGUUCAGCAUAAUGUGGAUAUGGUCCCCAAAGAUUUUGCUGUUGGCUUACGAAUUGAACAUCCCCAGGAACUAAUAAACAAGAUACAGUAUUCUUCGCUAGCUACCGAGGUUCAAUCAGGUCGUGGAAAAGUACCUGUAGCAGAUUACAAGGUGGUUAAAUAUAUCAAUGAAGGAUCUGAGAUUGUGAACUCUUGUUUGGAGGACCGAACUAGAAGCUGCUAUUCUUUCUGCAUGUGUCCUGGUGGUCAGGUUGUGCUAACUAGCACGAAUUCAUCUGAGCUCUGCAUCAAUGGCAUGUCAUUUUCUCGUCGGUCGUCGAGAUGGGCCAAUUCGGCUAUUGUUGUUAGUGUAUCUACGAAUGACUUUGCUCCCUUCACUGGUUAUGGGGCUCUUUGUGGUGUUGAAUUUCAGACACGAACGAGCUCUCCGGUCCGUAUUCUACGCAACACGGAUACAUACGAGAGCACAUCCAUGAGGGGAUUAUACCCAGUUGGAGAAGGUGCUGGCCAUGCUGGAGGCAUAAUUAGCGCUGCCGUUGAUGGCAUCUACUGUGGCUUUGCUCUGGCUAAAAAUCUCAACCUAUUUGAAGGAGAUAUAGAAUCAAUAUUGGGAAAAGCUCAAAAGAACACAGGCUUUGUAAAUUACUGAGAAGUUUUUUUGUUUUUGGUUUCUUAGAGUGCGUUUGUUUCAACGUUUUGGGCUGUGUUCCCAUAAUUUCUCUGCCAACAUUGAAAUAUUACCUUUUGAGAUGCUCCAA